CAAUUUGUUUCUAAGUAAAGACAACGCAUGGUGGCGCUGCAGGCUAAGGCUUCAAAAAAAAGGAAACGCUAAAAAAGCCCACGAAAUACUACGAGCUACUUUAGACCUCUUUCAGCCUAAGAGCAGAGCACGGACCAGUGUCUCCGGAGAAUGCUAUUGCCCUACGUAUCCGGAAGGUUAUCAAAGGACAGAUCGAUCACUGCCUCUGUCCCAUCGCUCCCUGAAGAAGCUCUGACCCCGGUUCCUUGAAAGGGGCGUGUGCAGAAGUAAAGAUGGAGCCUGCAGGGGAGCGCUUUCCUGAACAAAGGCAAGUCCUGAUUCUCCUUCUUUUACUGGAAUUGGCUCUGGCAGGCUGGGAACCCCGUCGCUAUUCUGUGAUGGAGGAAACUGAGAGAGGUACUUUUGUGGCCAGCCUGGCCAAUGACCUCGGGCUGGGAGUCCGGGAGUUAGCAGCGCGGGAAGCCCGGGUAGUUUCUGAGGAUAACGAACAAGGCUUGCAGCUUGAUCUGCAGACCGGGCAGUUGAUAUUAAAUGAGAAGCUGGACCGGGAAGAGCUGUGUGGCCCCACGGAGCCCUGUAUAAUGCAUUUCCAAGUGUUACUGAAAAAGCCUUUGGAAGUGUUUCGAGCUGAACUACAGGUGAGAGACAUAAACGAUCAUUCUCCUGAGUUUCCUGAAAGAGAAAUGACCCUGAAAAUCCCAGAAAUUAGCUCCCCUGGGACUGUGUUUCCUCUGAAAAAAGCUUGGGACUUGGACGUGGGCAGCAACAACGUUCAAAACUACAGUAUUUCUCCCAACUCUCAUUUCCAUGUUUCCACUCGCAUCCGAGGGGAUGGCAGGAAAUACCCAGAGCUGGUACUGGACACAGAACUGGAUCGCGAGGAGCAGGCCGAGCUCAGAUUAACCCUGACAGCGCUGGACGGUGGCUCUCCACCCCGAUCUGGCACGGCCCAGAUCCUCAUCUUGGUCUUGGAUGCCAAUGACAAUGCCCCGGUGUUUGCGCAGGCGCUCUACGAGGUGCAGGUCCCAGAGAACAGCCCCAUAGGCUCCCUAGUUGUCAAGGUCUCUGCUAGGGAUUUAGACACUGGGACAAACGGAGAGAUAUCAUACUCCCUUUUUUACAGCUCUCAGGCGAUAAGCAAACCUUUUGAGUUAAGCAGCAUCUCAGGAGAAAUUAGACUAAUUAAAAAACUAGAUUUUGAGACAACGUCUUCAUAUGACCUAGAUAUUGAGGCGUCUGAUGGCGGGGGACUUUCUGGAAAAUGCUCUGUCUCUGUUAAGGUGCUAGAUGUUAACGAUAACUCCCCAGAACUAAGUAUUUCAUCGCUUACCAGCCCUAUUCCAGAGAAUUCUCCAGAGACAGAAGUGGCCCUGUUUAGGAUUCGUGACCGAGACUCUGGGGAAAAUGGAAAAAUGACUUGCUCAAUUCAGGAUGAUGUUCCUUUUGAGCUGAAACCUUCUGUUGAGAAUUUCUACAGACUGGUAACAGCAGGAGCGCUGGAUAGAGAGACCAGAGCCGAGUACAACAUCACCAUCACCGUCACUGACUUGGGGACUCCAAGGCUGAAAACCGAGUACAACAUAACUGUUCUGGUCUCCGACGUCAAUGACAACGCCCCCGACUUCACACAAACCUCCUACACCCUGUUCGUCCGCGAGAACAACAGCCCCGCCCUGCACAUCGGCAGCGUCAGCGCCACAGACAGAGACUCAGGCAGCAACGCCCAGGUCACCUACUCGCUGCUGCCGCCCCAGGACCCGCACCUGCCCCUCGCCUCCCUGGUCUCCAUCAACGCGGACAACGGACACCUGUUCGCCCUCCGGGCGCUGGACUACGAGGCCCUGCAGGCGUUCGAGUUCCGCGUGGGCGCCACAGACCGCGGCUCCCCGGCGCUGAGCAGCGAGGCGCUGGUGCGCGUGCUGGUGCUGGACGCCAACGACAACUCGCCCUUCGUGCUGUACCCGCUGCAGAACGGCUCCGCGCCCUGCACCGAGCUGGUGCCCCGGGCGGCCGAGCCGGGCUACCUGGUGACCAAGGUGGUGGCGGUGGACGGCGACUCGGGCCAGAACGCCUGGCUGUCGUUCCAGCUGCUCAAGGCCACGGAGCCGGGGCUGUUCGGCGUGUGGGCGCACAAUGGCGAGGUGCGCACCGCCAGGCUGCUGAGCGAGCGCGACGCGGCCAAGCACAGGCUGGUGGUGCUGGUCAAGGACAAUGGCGAGCCCCCGCGCUCGGCCACCGCCACGCUGCACGUGCUCCUGGUGGACGGCUUCUCCCAGCCCUACCUGCCGCUCCCGGAGGCGGCCCCGGCCCAGGCCCAGGCCGACUCGCUCACCGUCUACCUGGUGGUGGCGUUGGCCUCGGUGUCGUCGCUCUUCCUGUUCUCGGUGCUCCUGUUCGUGGCGGUGCGGCUGUGCAGGAGGAGCCGGGCGGCGUCGGUGGGUCGCUGCUCGGUGCCCGAGGGUCCCUUUCCGGGGCAUCUGGUGGACGUGAGCGGCACCGGGACCUUGUCCCAGAGCUACCAGUACGAGGUGUGUCUGUCGGGAGGUUCUGAGAGUAAUGAGUUCAAGUUCUUGAAGCCAAUAUUCCCCAAUAUUCUGAGCCAGGAGUGUAGGAGGAAAUCAGAAUUUCUAGAAUAAUGUAGUAUCUGAAGCUUUAAAAUUAAUUUUGUCUUCCUCACUUUUCAGUUUGCUUUUGUUAAACCUGUAGUAAUCUUUAAUUCCACUUUUAAAAAAAUUUCUACUAUUGUCCUUAGUAAUGUUACUCAUUUCAUUGGCCUCGUUGUUACGCAGUUAGUUUUCAAAUUAUUGUUUAUUAUAAAUAUUUUAUAUAAGGAAAUUUCAUAUUUCUGAAUAAAUUUACAGUAUCUAUUCCUGAA